GAUGUUGAGAUGAAUAUUGAGGAUGAUAUGGGAGAAUUUGCAGUGGCAGAGAAUUUAGAAUUGAGCGAAGUGGGAGGUUUGGCUUUUGCUUUUGGUAGUUCCAAUAUUGGUGUAAGUAGUUCCACUUCCACUUCAUAUCCCAUUUUUUCUUCUUUUAAUAAUCUCCCACCACCAUCCACUUUUUCCAUGAAUAACCCCACUCAACCUGUUGCACCGCCGUCUUUUCCACCCUAUUCCUCCGCUCCCCGGUGGACAUCCAGCCAUCUUCCCGCCACCCCAAUUUCCGCCAUGAAGGGGGAGGAGGAAGAAUCAGAAUCAAUGGGAGGGAUGAGGGAAAUGAUAUACAGAAUGGCAGCGAUGCAGCCGAUAGAGAUUGACCCAGAAACGGUGAAACCACCAAAGCGCCGUAAUGUUAAGAUUUCAAAAGAUCCCCAGAGCGUAGCGGCAAGGCAUAGAAGAGAAAGAAUAAGCGAAAGAAUUCGAAUUCUCCAAAGAAUAGUCCCCGGCGGCACCAAAAUGGACACCGCCUCCAUGUUAGACGAAGCCAUUCAUUACCUCAAGUUCUUGAAAAACCAACUCCAUUCACUCCAAAUCGCCGCCGCCACCACCUACCCCUUUCCCACCGCCAUGUCCUCCGGUGGGACUACUAAUUAUAAACACUUGUUCCACUUUCCUCAACCCUCUGGACAUAACCACGUGGAGGAUGCUUAAUUUUAAUUUUUUUUAGUUAUCGUUGUUGGUGGGAAGAAUGUGUGGGAUUGGGAUUGAUUGAUGAGUAGAGUUCCAAAAUUUGGUAAACUGUAAGAUCAGUGAGGUUUUAUGAAAGGGACAU